AUGGUGAAGAAACGCUACAGUACGCUCACCAUCGCUAAAACCCCGACUGAAGAUUACGUCACUUUCGCGUGUCGGGUAAACAAAAUGUUCGUAGAAUUCGAGCUGAAGAAGAUGUCCGAGCAACAAUUUAAGUGCCUAAUGUUCGUUUGUGGUCUCAAGGGUGAGUGUGACGCCGAUGUACGUACCAGGCUGUUGGUGAAGAUUGAGAGCAACGAUGAUGUCACCCUAGAGGCGAUGGUUGAUGAAUGUCAGCGGCUGAUCAAUCUAAAGAACGAUACAGCGAUGAUUGAAGGUCCAUCCGGACAGGUGCAAGCAAUCAAAGGAGGUUCACAUCAUCAUCAGAGGAAGUUCCAGAAGCGGUCAACAGAACGAUGGAAAGGUUCUCCAGUGCCGGAAGAGGUGCAGAAAGUUCCUGCGACUCCAUGCAACGAAUGUAGGCAGUUUGGCCGCAAGGAGGGCUACUGUUCAACAACGAAACGUUCGUCCAAACCAGUGAAGCAGCGCAAUAGGAAGGUUUCUACCAAAACCAUCGCACUUUCCGUGGGCAACGUCCAGAGCAAGCGACGGUUCGUGCAGGUAGAAAUCAAUGGUGUUCCAGUGCGCCUACAAUUGGAUACGGCGUCGGAUAUCACAAUUGUGUCCGAGCAGGUUUGGAAGCAGCUGGGUCAGCCAACGACGGUGCCGGCAACACAGAUCGCAAAGUCAGCGUCGGGUGAACAACUCGAUCUGCAGUACGAGUUUGCAUGUGAGGUAUCAUUCAACGGAUCAGCGCAGCAGGGCAGGAUUUUCGUCUCCAAGUGUUCGCUCAACCUACUGGGCAUCGACUUCAUCGACAAAUUCUAUCUUUGGUCACUACCGAUUGACAAUUUCUGCAACCAUAUCAGUGGUGUACCUAUAGAUGUAAAUUCAUUGCAGAAGGCGUACCCGAAGUUAUUCAGCAAUACAUUGGGGCUGUGCAAUAAGGCCAAAGUAAAGCUAGUUUUAAAGGAAUCCUGUCGACCAGUUUUCCGCCCUCGUCGACCAGUUUCCUAUGCUAUGCUACCAACAGUUGACGAAGAGCUCGAUCGUCUGGAACGGUUGAAUAUUAUUUCACCUAUAAAUUACUCCGAGUGGGCGGCUCCAAUAGUGGUUGUUAGGAAGGCGAACGGCAGCAUACGCAUUUGUGGGGACUACUCCACUGGGCUCAACGAGCGGCUCCAAUCUCAUCAAUAUCCGCUCCCGCUUCCACAGGACAUUUUCUCCAAACUGGCCGGUUGCAUCGUGUUCAGCACAAUCGAUUUGUCUGAUGCUUUCCUGCAGAUGGAAGUCGAUGAGAGUUCACGCCGUAUGCUCACAAUAAACACGCACCGGGGGUUGUAUGAAUACAACAGAUUACCACCCGGAGUGAAGGCAGCACCAGGGGAAUUUCAGCAGAUGAUUGAUACCAUGCUGGGCGGACUUUCGGAUACCUCUGGCUACAUGGACGAUGUUAUCGUCGGAAGCAAGAAUGCUGAAGAGCACCAACGAAAUCUGCACGCCGUUCUACAGCGGAUUCAAGAGAACGGUUUCACCAUACGCCCAGAGAAGUGCUCAUUUGCUAAACCACAGAUUCGGUACUUGGGAUUUCUGUUAGACCGCCAUGGCAUCCGCCCGGAUCCAACAAAAAUUGCAGCCAUCAAGAAUAUGGCGCCACAACAGGACUUGACCUGA